CGUCAUUGACACCGAUUUGAACACAACCAAUCCAAUGAUGUGUGAAUGUAUGUCCUGUUCAAGAAUCCGACCCACCACUCCUGUGUGAGAGGACAGUCCUCAGAGUUCACAUGACGUUGUUGUUGCCUUGUGCUGUUGUGUACAACGACAAUUAUCUUGAAGGCAAUUUCACACACACGGUUCAAGUCAAUGCCCAAGCUAUUGAUGCCAAGGGUCACUAUUUCCCAUCAUCUUACAAAUACAAACAAAAAAACAAGGAGGACAACAAUGAUGUUUGCUCAGUGGCAUUAAUUUUUAUGGACUAUAUCUCUCAGCACCAACCUUAGCAUUAACUAUUGGCCACUGGUUAAAGUUUGUCUUUUUGGUACUAUGUAUUUGAUGCCACCUCCUUUUAUCUGAAUCUACCAGGCACCUCGUCCAACGAUGAUUUUAGCUUGGCUCUUGGUUUUAAUGGCUCUCUCCAAUGGGUUCUUUUCAAAUGGGGACGGCAUGCAUAAUUCCACAAUACCAGAUUUUGUAAAUAUUGGGGCUCUCUUCUCUUUCAAUACUAGUGUUGGCAGGAGUAUAAAAAUUGCUAUAAAAGCUGCGAUUGAAGAUAUAAACUCUGAUCCUACUAUUCUUGGUAAAACCAAGCUGAACCUCUCACUGCAAGAAGAUUCUAAGUAUAGAGGUUUCCUGAGCAUUUCUGAGGUUUUGCAGGUCAUGGCAAGACGCACGGUGGCAAUAAUAGGCCCCCAUAGUUCUGUAACAGCUCAUGUCAUAACUCACAUUGCAAAUGAGCUCCAAGUUCCUCUGCUGUCAUUUUCAGCUUUGGACCCUACCCUUUCUUCACUUCAAUUCCCAUUCUUCAUUAGAACCUGUCACAGUGAUCUUUAUCAAAUGACUGCAAUAGCAGACAUUGUAAACUACCAUGAUUGGAAAGAUGUUAUUGCUGUCUACCUUGAUGAUGAUAAUGGGAGAAAUGGAAUUGGUGCAUUAGGCGAUAAGCUUGCUGAGAGGCGUUGCAGGAUAUCAUAUAAAGCACCUUUGAGCCCGGACGCAUCUAUGGAAGAGAUUUCUAAUGUGCUUGUUCAGGUGGCUCUGGCAGAAUCACGGGUAAUAGUUGUUCAUGCAAAUACUCAAUUUGGCCCCAAGUUGUUUAGUGUUGCAAAGAAUCUUGGGAUGAUGGGAACUGGGUAUGUCUGGAUAGCCACUGCUUUCCUCUCUGCUCUGCUUGAUAUCAACAGUCCCCUCUCUUCAGAUUCAUUGGAUGACAUUCAAGGAGUUCUUACACCGCGUAUGUACACGCCGGAUUCACAGCUCCAAAGGAGGUUUGCUUCUAGGUGGAAAAACUUGACUAGUGGGAAUACUGCUAAUGCCCACCUUGGAUUGAGCUUUUUACCUAUAUACGCAUAUGACACUGUUUAUGUGCUUGCUCAUGCACUUGAUGCAUUUUUCAAACAAGGUAACCAAAUUACAUUCUCAACUGAUUCAAAGCUAUCUAGCAUACAUGGAGAUAACUUGAAUCUUGAAGCCUUGAAAAUCUUCAAUGAAGGAAAUUUGUUACGCAGUAACAUCUAUGAGGUUAACAUGACUGGUGUAUCAGGUCCAUUCAAGUACACAUCUGAUAGAAACCUUGUUAAUCCUGCAUAUGAAAUCAUUAAUGUCAUUGGAACUGGAACUCGGAGGAUCGGUUAUUGGUCUAAUUACUCUGGACUAUCAGUUGUUCCUCCGGAAACUCUUUAUUCCAAACCAGCCAAUCUUUCCAGGGAAAAUCAAAAGUUGUUCGCUCCAAUUUGGCCUGGAAACACUGGUGAGAGACCUCGUGGUUGGGUUUUUCCAAACAAUGGAAGGCUCUUAAAGAUUGGCGUACCAAAAGGUGUUAGUUACAAAGAAUUUGUCUCACAAAUAGAAGGUACUGAUACGUUUGAAGGAUUCUGCAUUGAUGUAUUUCUUGCUGCAGUGAGCCUGUUGUCUUAUGCUGUCCCCUAUAAGUUUGUCCCAUACGGGGAAGGUAAGAACAAUCCUAGUAUGACUGAGCUUGUCCGUCUGAUCACAACUGGUGAAUUUGAUGGUGCAGUAGGUGACAUUGCAAUUACUACAGAAAGAACAAGGAUGGUGGAUUUUACUCAGCCAUAUAUUGAGUCUGGUCUAGUGGUAGUAGCACCGGUUAGGAAGGAAGAAUCCAAUGCUUUGGCCUUUUUGGCCCCUUUUACCCCAAAGAUGUGGUGUGUCACAGCUAUCUUUUUCAUAUUAGUGGGAGCUGUUGUUUGGAUUUUGGAGCAUAGGGUGAAUGAUGAAUUUAGAGGACCACCCAAAAAACAAGUAGUUACUGUUUUAUGGUUUAGUUUUUCAACAAUGUUCUUUUCCCACAGGGAAAAUACAGUGAGCGCACUUGGUCGCUUUGUGUUGAUUAUAUGGUUAUUUGUAGUUCUUAUAAUUAACUCGAGUUACACGGCAAGUCUAACAUCAAUCCUCACAGUGCAACAGCUUUAUUCGCCCAUUAAAGGCAUUGAAAGUUUAGUAAUUGGCAAAGAGCCUAUUGGGUACACACAGGGUUCUUUUGCUAGAAAUUAUUUAGUUCAUGAAAUUGGUAUUAAUGAGUCCAGGCUUGUUCCUCUAACAACAACAGAAGAAGCUGCUAAAGCACUGAGAAAGGGUCCCGAAAAUGGGGGUGUUGCUGCUUACAUUGAUGAGCGUGCCUACACUGACAUCUUCCUUUCCAGCCGUUGUGAUUUAACUGUUGUAGGUCAAGAGUUCACCAGAAACGGUUGGGGAUUUGCCUUUCCACGGGACUCGCCAUUAGCAGUUGACCUGUCAACUGCCAUAUUGCAAAUGAUAGAUAAUGGAGAUUUACAAAGGAUCCAUGACAAAUGGCUUUUGAGUAGCGCUUGCUUAUCACAAGGUGCAAAGCUUGAAGUGGAAAGACUCCAACUUAAAAGCUUUUGGGGCCUCUAUGUGAUCUGCGGGCUUGCCUGCUUGCUUGCACUCUUGGUAUAUCUUAUACAGAUUUGGAGGCAAUACCACAAGCACUACGUCUCUGAAGAACUUGAUUCUUCUGACGGCCAAAGCUUAGGAUCAAAAUCUUCACGUCUUAAGACUUUUCUUUCGUUUGCAGACGAAAAAGAAGAGACCGUUAAGAGCCGGUCCAAGAGAAGAAAAAUGGAGAGGAUCUCAUACAGAAGCAGUGAAGGAAGCUCAUCCAUCAGCUCUAAUAAGGGAUAUGCUCCACGCAGAAGUGAAUGUGCUAGCGAAGUAUGACCAAUAUUUCUACAUGAUUUUCUAGCUACUAGUACUUCCUUCUUUUCAAGUAAAUAUAUAUGUUGGAUAUGUUACAACUUUUGGUAGCUAUAUGUAACACUUAUUUUUAACACAAACUCUUUAUACAAAAAAGAUAAAGUUUUUAAUUCAGUUUAUAUAUGUAAAAUCAUUUUUCAUUUUCAA